AUGUUCAUGGGCUACGAAGAAGCGUCAAAAGCUUAUCGAGUGUACGACAUUGAGGCGGACCAAGUGGUGAUCAGUCGUGACAUCACCUUCGACGAAUCGACUUUUGAUUUUUCGAUGGACCGACCAAUUGACGAUGAUGAAGAUGCGGAGUUGGACCUCGACCUCCUGGCGAUCAACGAGGACGACGUGCGUCAAACCGUCUACAAGCAGACUGACAAGCGCAAGAGUGAAGCAAGACCCGGCAUGUCACGUUCAGCUCGCUUUCGAACUGGGUUGGAACAAGCAAGUGCGCCGGAACACGUCUCCAACCGUCACCAGAAACGACGAUCAAGUGCUCCAGAAACGAUGUCUGAUGACGAAGAAGAUGCAAGCGUCUACGAUCAAGAUGACGACUCGACGCCUCCAACAUUUUGGCGUGCAAGUGCAAACGCAGUGGAAGCAACGGACCUAGCAGAACAUGUGACUUUUCAAGACGCGAUCAAUGGUCCUGAUCAAGCUCACUGGCGAAAUGCUGUGAAGGCGGAACUCAAGUCGAUGCAUCUUCGUGGAGUUUUCCGUGCGGCAAAACUGCCAAGAGGCCAAGGCGCGAUCGGCACCAAGUGGGUGUUCAAGAUCGAGCGCAAAGCGGAUGGAUCGGUCGAGAAAUACAAGGCGCGUCUCGUUGCCAAGGGCUUCAAGCAGAAGUACGGCAUCGACUACACAGAGACGUUCUCGCCCGUGGUCAAGUACGUGACACUGCGUAUGGUGAUCUCGAUCACCAAGUAUUUCGAAUGGCCACUGGACCAACUCGAUGUGGUGACAGCCUUUCUCUACGGAGUGAUGAAGGAGAAGGUGUACUGCGUGAUACCAGAAGGCGUCGAGAUGGAUGGCGACUUCGACUGUCUCGAGUUGGUGAAGGUGAUCUACGGUCUCAAGCAAGCUUCACGUGUGUGGAACAAGACUUUCAACGACUUGGUAUGCUCUAUCGGUUUCGAAGCGUCGGCCUCGCUCGAGUUGAUUGCGCAGACGAAGGCCGACCUCAAGACGCGUUUCGAGAUGACCGAUAGUGGCAAGUGUACUUUUGUACUGGGCAUCGAGCUGGUGGACGAAUCGGAUGGCAGCGUGACGAUGUGCCAGCGACGGUAUGUCAACGACAUCCUCAAGCGCUUCGGCAUGGAUGAGUGCAAGGCCAAGCUAUUCCGGUCGAUUUGA